UUUUCGGUCUCGCUUUUGGAUUCUUGUUGUCUUUUGCCCUUGAAUCGGAAAUGUCCGGUCGCGGUAAGCAGGGCGGCAAGGCGCGCGCCAAGGCCAAGUCGCGCUCAUCGCGCGCGGGGCUGCAGUUCCCCGUGGGCCGAGUGCACCGGUUGCUCCGCAAGGGCAAUUAUUCCGAGCGCGUGGGGGCCGGCGCCCCGGUCUAUCUGGCCGCGGUGCUGGAGUACCUGACCGCCGAGAUUCUGGAGCUUGCCGGCAACGCGGCGCGCGACAACAAGAAGACGCGCAUCAUCCCGCGCCACCUGCAGCUUGCCAUCCGCAACGACGAGGAGCUCAACAAGCUGCUGGGCCGCGUGACCAUCGCGCAGGGCGGCGUCCUGCCCAACAUCCAGGCCGUGCUGCUGCCCAAGAAGACGGAGAGCCACCACAAGGCCAAGGGCAAGUGAGGCCGCCCGCUGCCCCCGGGGCCCCUUUGAUGGACAUAAAGGCUCUUUUCAGAGCCACCCACCAUCUCGAGAAAAGAGCCUCACUGAGCCUGCAGUUCUUUAUAGGACGGAGUCCUGAUCACCCUAGGCUCAUGAAUGAGCCCAGUGGCCACGGGGAAGGGCGCAACGGGAACCGAGACCCUGGAGACUGAUUGGGUCGCAUACUCGCCUGGUGGGCAACGUGUUCUGUUAACAGCAAGGAACCCUCGCCCACAGGUGGCUACUCCUUGCUCUUGAGUCCCAUCGAAAACCUCUGGUAGGGGUUUUAAUACGCUCACCGUAAAGGUGUCUUCAUAAUUACUAGUGACAAGUUCUCUUGACUCCGGCAAGGUUCCAGUGUGGUCGUCGAGUACAGAAUGCAAUUUCUUAAUGAUUUAUCUGAUAUUAAAAGUAUUUAUGAUCUCUAAGUAGUUUGCACUUUAAUUCUGAAGAGUGAGUCUAUGGAUUUCUAUUUAAAUUGCUAAGUUUUAACAAUGUGAGCUCCACCAGGGUUAAGAUUUAAUCUAUUUGGCUGGGAAUUCUAAAGGUCAUGAGGAAAGGUUCAGUACUUAAAAGGAACCAGAUUAGUAGAUGCUGAAAAGUAUAAACCUUUUAAGAAGACUUAAUUUGGAAUAGGAUAAUUAUUUAAAGGAAUUUAGUUUGUUUAAUUCCAGUUGGUCAAACAUUAAUCAAAGAUCCGCUUAAAUUGAUUGCUAAAAUCAGAACAAAAUAAUUUGUACACUGAUUCUGAAAAGGAAAACUAAAUCUGCGAGUUAAGCAAAUUUACAAUGAGUAUUGUUAGAACCAGAUGAAUGAUGACACAUGUGGACUUGAGGAAAAUAACUGUUUGUAACUACAUUUUUCCUUAUAAAAAGGAGGGUUUAAGAGGGUCGGAGACCUCCAGGCAAAUUAACUGAAAUGGCUGUGUUAAUAACCUCUAAAUCUUGGAGGAGAGAGGUUCAUUGAUUUAAUCCAUUAUAAUCCCUUAAAAAAUGUUUGCCACAAAAUCAGAGCUCAGAAAGUGUUACUCUCCUGUUGUUAUCUGUACAGUUUUCAUUAAUCUAUUUCUCAAAAUAUGAAUGAUUCCUA